GAAAAAUAUAUAUAUGUCAAAUCGUAACCUCCAACAAUAAUGGAAACCUUCGAUGUCCCAGACUGUACUGUAUGAAUUAAAGACCUCGGUCAGUUCUGGGCUAACCAGGGAUUUUUUGGAGAACGGGGCUUCGAAAACAACAACACUGACUUGCUUUGCCGUUGGUGACACGUUGUACCAUUAACUACCAGAAACUUCUCCAAAGUUCUGCCAACACGUCGCCGUCUGAUGCUGUCAGCGCAUCAGUGACGUAACUACGGACUCGCUUCAGAAAGACAGCUUCGACCCGCCUGUCACGCCCACUUCAGCGCUCUCAGCCAACAGGACGCCGCGGCAGUGAUGCUACAUGACAACAGCAGCUGACAGGGUAUUGUCUGACUGUGUGUUUGUGUUUACAUCAGCAGUCUUCUUAUUCGGCUGGUGGAUGUCGGAGCAGCUCUCACUGCCGUGUAGUUCUUAUUGAGAGAAACCUGCUAAACAGACAGACUGAAUAGACACAACACAUAUAUAUACAGGAGACUGAAGCCUGUUUGGACGUCCUUCUGCUGAGACGAAGCAUGUGGGAGGAGAGCUUCGAUACAGAGCAUGAGGUUGGCGGUAAGCUCGACUACUCGCCGGUGUCCUGGCGGGAGUAUUAUGACGAGAUGGAGGACGUGAACGUGGGGCCGGCCGACAGCAGGGACGUCUUCAGGAUUUAUAAAGCAGGAAGUGAAGGACCGCUGCUGGUUCUGCUGCAUGGAGGAGGACACUCGGCUCUGUCCUGGGCCGUCUUCACUACAGCCAUCACCCGCAGAGUGAACUGCAGGGUGCUCGCCAUGGACCUCAGGGGUCACGGUGACACCCUGGUUCGCCAGUCUGACGACUUCUCAACUCAAACUAUGUCCAGUGAUGUAGCCAAUGUGAUUCAAGCCUGCUACGGUGAGACUCCGCCCCCCAUCAUCCUGAUUGGCCACGGAGUUGGUGGAGCGAUCGCAGUGCAUACAGUCGGCAACAUGGUGAUCCCGACCACCGUGGGCCUGGUGGCUAUAGACGUCGUGGAGGGCAGCGCAAUGGAGGCGCUCCACAGCAUACAGAACUUCCUGAAGGGAAGACCCAAGUCCUUCAAGUCCAUGGACCACGCCAUAGAGUGGAGCGUGAAGAGCGGACAAAUCAGGAACCUGGAAUCUGCCAAAGUCUCAAUGGUUGGUCAGAUUAAAAGAUGUGAGGUGGAGGAGGCCGACACUCUGGAGCAGGCCAGCCCGGUACCAGACGUGGUCGUCGAGCGCAGUGAAGAGUUCUAUGAUCAGAGCUACGUCAACGACAAAGAGAACGCUGCCUCAGAGGUGAGCCUCAACGAAGGCCAGAGUGUGUACAAGUGGCGUAUUGACCUGUCAAAGUCAGAGAAGUACUGGGACGGCUGGUUUAGAGGAACCUCCAACCUCUUCCUGGCUUGCAACCUGCCCAAACUCCUGCUUUUGGCCGGAAUUGACCGACUAGACAGAGAUCUGACGAUCGGCCAGAUGCAAGGUAGAUUCAUGAUGCAGGUGCUGCCCCCCUGUGGCCACGCAGUGCAAGAAGACAAACCAGAAAGAGUGGCUGAAGCUGUGGCCUCCUUCCUGCAGAGACACAAGUUUGCUGAAGCCAGAAGAGAAACCAGGAGCUCCAACUCUCUGUCACAGUGACGUCUGCAGGUGUCUGACCCGUCUGUCCAGAACUGCAGACAGAACACGUCUCCAGUUUUAUUUCGCUCUUCGUCCUUCAGCUGCUGAUGUCUCCAUGUUUAACCCUCCAGAUCGUAGACUGACCGUCACUCUGACAGAUGUUGUGAUCCAAGUUGUUGUAGUUCUGUUGUGUAGUUUGUUAUUAUUAAACACGCCACACUAAGACAAGAA